UUCUCCCACUGCUUCUCUCUCCCAACAACUUGUCACUGCCUUUUUUUUUAUAUGUAUGUUUCUUGUCGCUCUUCAUCAUCUCACAAGGGCUCCUGUCGAUGAAACCCUAGAGCUUGUGUCAUUCAGCACGAUUGAUUAGGCAUUUAUGAUUACCAUUUUGUCACAAUAUUGAGAUCAAUCAAGCCAAAUGCAUGGAAGCCCCAUUUCCUGAUCUCUCCCUCCAUAUCAGAACGCCCCCCAUCCCCAAACCCUCAUCACGGCCAUGGGCACAAGUCAACAGCAGUGACAUAGGCCAAAUGAGCUGUGAGCACCAUGGCAAGGAGGAGCUCGUCGAACCUUCGUUGAGAUUGGGAACCGACGCUGUCCCGGUGGCUACAGCUGGUAAGGAGCAGAGAGCCAAGCGUAGGAUCUCGCGGCUGAGCAGCGGGAGGAGGAGCCUCCGGGCCCCGAGAAUGCGGUGGACUUCCAGCCUCCACGCCCAUUUUGUCCAUGCCGUGGAGCUCCUCGGUGGGCAUGAGAGAGCAACACCCAAAUCUGUCUUGGAACUGAUGAACGUGAAGGAUCUCACUCUAGCUCAUGUCAAGAGUCAUCUGCAGAUGUAUAGGACAGUGAAGAACAGCAAUAACAGAGGAGCAGGGGUACUCAUGAAUUGCAAGAGUGGGGAAGUGGAGGAAGGAGGAGUGGUACUGGUGGCAGCAGGUGAUAAAGCUGGAGAUCAUGACUUCCUGAACCCUACUCCUUAUGUUUCUCACAUCUCAUCAACAACCCCACCACCAUGGCCAUCGAGUGCAACUGCAGUAGCAGCACCAAACAACUCUUCUAGAGAACAGCAUCCAUAUGGAGAAGGCAGUGGCAAGCUACCUUACUGGUUUCAACAAAAUUCCAAAUUCCAUAAUAUUCUAACUCAAGAAUUAAGUCAGGCACAAUCUAUGGAUCAUGAUCAGCAGAAUGAGUCAAAUUAAACAUGAAAGCUUGUCAACUCCAAGCGGAGCUCUUCAACUUUGAAACCUUAAUUUGUGUAUUGACUGUUCGGUUUUGGAAAAGUACGUUUUAACUUUUAGUGAAUAAGUUUUUUUUUCCUCAGAAAAAAAAAGAAGGAAGAAAAAAUGGAUUGGAAUUGUUAGUGAGGUUUUGGCUUGCAAAGUUGAAAUCCAUGUAUUUUUGGUGUAUGUGUAAUUUUAGAUAUUGGUUUGGUUUAUGUUGGGAUUGGA